AUGCAUUUAUUUACGACCCCUUUUAUGACAACUGGGCGCAGCGGACGGCCCCCAAGUAUUGAUAACGGGAUAGCAGCAGCAGCUGCUGCUGCUGCAGCCUUUGCUGCAGCAGCUUUUGCUGCAGCAGCAGCGGCUUGGGCAACAGAAGAAGCUGCAGCAGCAGCAAAACCGCAGCGGCAGGAGAAGCUGCAGUGGCUUCUGCUGCGUCAGGAGCUGCAGCAGCAGAAGCUGCAGCAGCAGCAGCUGCAGCAGCAGCAGAAGCUGCAGCAGCAGCUUCUGUGUACUAUACAUUUGCUAUCAACAGGCCUCUAG